AUGUCUCUUGCUGAUGAAUUGCUCGCUGACUUGGAGGAAAAUGAUGAUGGAGAACUUGAAGCACUUAUUGACAACAAUAAAAUGGACGAGGAUCAUGAGUUUGCGGUGCCAUAUCCAGUUAUACCGAAAGAAGAAGACAUUAAAAACGUGUCUAUCAGAGAAUUAGCGAAAUUGAGACACUCAGAUCGACUGAAGCGGGUGAUGACGUCCAUAGAACAUAAUGUGGGGAAUAACAGACAAAAAAUAGAAGUAACUGGUCUGAUGGAGACUGACCCGGAGUACCAGCUUAUUGUGGAGGCAAAUAACAUUGCUGUUGAAAUUGAUGGAGAGAUUGCUAUUAUCCACAGAUAUGUCCGUGAUAAGUAUCAGAAAAGGUUUCCGGAGCUAGAAUCUUUGAUAAUUUCACCACAAGAUUACAUUCGCUCUGUAAGGGAACUUGGCAAUGAUUUGGAUCAAGCUAAGAAUAAUGAAACGCUGCAGAGCUUUUUGACGCAGGCCACUAUUAUGAUUGUGUCUGUUACCGCGUCAACUACACAAGGAAAACUAUUGACUGAAAAGGAGUUAGCUGAGAUAAACGAGGCUUGUGAUAUGGCGACUGAACUGAACAAUUUCAAAUCGAAAAUCUAUGAAUAUGUCGAAAGUAGGAUGGCUUUCAUAGCACCAAAUAUUACAGCUAUUGUUGGUGCAUCAACAGCUGCAAAGAUCCUGGGUGUGGCAGGUGGCUUAUCCAAACUAGCUAAGAUGCCAGCCUGUAACAUUCUACCUUUGGGUCAACAGAAGAAAACCCUGUCAGGAUUCUCACAGGCUACAGCUCUUCCACACACUGGUUUUAUUUACUUCUCAUCUAUUGUUCAAGAUACUCCACCUGAACUGAGGUACAAAGCAGCAAAGUUGGUGUCAACUAAAAUAACGCUGGCGGCUCGCGUCGACGCCUGCCACGAGAGUACGGACGGAAGCAUCGGACGAAUGUUGCGUGAAUCUAUCGAGAAGAAACUCGAUAAAAUGCAGGAACCACCACCAGUAAAAUUCGUGAAACCGCUACCGAAGCCUAUAGAACAAAGCAGGAAGAAGCGAGGCGGCAAACGAGUGAGGAAGAUGAAGGAACGAUACGCCAUGACUGAGUUCAGGAAGAACGCUAACAGACUUAACUUCGCUGACAUUGAAGACGACGCCUACCAAGAAGAUCUCGGCUACUCUCGCGGUACUAUCGGCAAGUCAAGCACAGGUCGGGUCCGUCUACCUCAAAUAGACGAGAAGACCAAAGUGCGCAUAAGCAAGACGCUGCAGAAGAAUUUGCAGAAACAGCAACAAUAUGGCGGCGCCACUAGUAUUCGGAGACAGGUGUCCGGUACCGCUUCGUCUGUGGCAUUUACACCGUUACAGGGCCUUGAGAUCGUGAACCCACAAGCAGCGGAGACGCGCAUCAACGAAGCAAAUGCCAAAUAUUUCUCGAACACAUCGGGUUUCUUGUCUGUCGGCAAGAACACGACUUAA